AUGAAUCUCUUCUGCUUUUCGCUGGAAGGCUCUAUGGACAGCUUAUAUGAACCAGUCCCAGAACAACAAGCUCACCAAGAGAGGAGCUUGGGUAGAAAUGAUUCCUUUUUCUCACCCUCUGAGGAGAGUGGAAGAUCACACAGCGAUCUCUUCAUGGAAGUUUCUAAUUUUGAGAAUGGGAAAACAAAAAGAAAGUCAAUCCGGAGGUCUAUGUCUGAAAGUAAAGUAUUUGAGGGAAAAACUGUGAAUGACACAAUUUGGCAGGAACCCAGCAAGUCUGAGAAUGACUCCCACAUCAGAAGACUCUGUCAGCUCAAAGAUCUAAAUGAAGAUGAUUUUCUUCCGAGUCAUCAUACAUAUACUCUUCAAGGAAAAAAGCUACAAGGUAUUUCUUAUCAGGCAUUCAGUGGAGCUUAG